AUGUGGAGUGGGGACAUCAUGCCUGACAACAUAUACCAACACCAUCAGGACAGUCCGCUAUUUUUUAUCUUCUCUAUUGCCUAUUUGGUGGCUGCCUUGGGUAACGUUUUGGGAUUUUUUGUUUUGAUAAAAUGUAAGAAGCUUCCCUUACAAAUCAAAGUCCUAUCCAUAAAUAUGACAGUUCCGGACUUUCUUCUUGGAAGUGCUACCGGCAUAGCGUACGGUUUUCAGUAUGCAUAUCCCAUUGCCAAAGAAGGAGAAGUGAUUUGCCAUGCCAUCUUUGACACAUUAACAACUCUGUCUAUUCUAAAUAUAACAGCCUUUGGAGUGGAUCGUUUUCUGAGUUUAAAGUUUGCGUUGAAAUACCAGCUAUACACAACGAAGGAGAGAAUGGUAGCAAUCUGUGUGGGACUUUGGAUUUUCAGUAUAGCUUCCGCUGUGAUCAUUCAGUUGUUCAAGUCUGACGCCUUGUUGUUUAAAAUUGUUCUGCGUAGUGUAUUUUUAUCCCUGUAUGUGUUUUCUUACUUGAUGAUUUUGUCAAUCUACCGAAAACACAAUAGAGAAAUUAAUGAUCUCCAAUCCUUGUCGGCUUCUAGAAUAAUCCACGACCAAAUGGUCUUCAGUCGAAAAAUUGUCCUCAUAACGGGACCACAUUUUCUGCUAUACUUACUGGCGAUCAUCGUUCACGUGUUUAUGUUUUUCAAAGAGAACAUAGGAAUAUCGCAGAUGGAAUUGGUUGUUUUAAGUAUUACAUUAAUCACAAUCUUCAUAAACCCAAUUCUGUACAUCUGGCGGUUUCGCGAGUGCAGAAUUCAACUUCUCUUAAUGCUUUGUAUCUGCAGUAGAACAAGACACGAGAACCUGAUGAAGGAGAGAAACAUUUUAUAUCAACCUUUUCUGGAAGUUCAACCUAAGGAAACAACCGAAAAAACACUUAUAGUAUCCACACACAUGUAA